AGACGGAUAGAAAAAGGAAAUUAGUACGGGGCUUUCAAUUCCACCGCCCCGAGGCCAGAACUGAACCUUCCCCAGUCUGCUCUUGGGAUUCUGGACUUCAGCUCUCUAUUUCUCUAUUAUAGGAUUUCUAUACCCUCACCCAUGCAUGUCUUUGUUUGAUAUCAAAUCAUAGAUAGACAACAAAAGAUGCUUUCAUUGCUAAUCCCUAGAGUAGAGUAGAGUACAGCAGAGCAGGGAAUAUUAAUUGGAAUUGCUUAUCAAGUCCUCAUAUUCAAGGUCAAAUUGACGCUUUCACUCCUAAAACAGGGGACCAAAAGAUGCUUUCACUCGUAAGUCGUAACGCAGGGGACCUUGAAUCGGAGAAACCAGUUUUUUGAAACCAAAGCCAAGAGAGGGGGAUAUAUACGCAGCCUCAAAGAGAAAGAGAGACACCCAUUUUGGAAGUCGAGAAGCUGAAGGAAGGAAGGAAGCAAAGAACAGAAAAGGCGACGGAGCAGGUCAGGUAAGGUAUAAAUUGCAGCCAAAAAAAAACCACUAUCAUAAGGAACAACUUUUCAGAGGUUUCAUAUUGGAAUUGUGCUCGCUUUUAUGGGUUGCUACAUUUCGAAACGCUCCAAAAAAUUGCCUGGAUAUGAAGAUCCCACAGUUCUUGCUGCUGAAACACCAUUUACUGUGAGUGAAGUUGAGGCAUUAUAUGAGCUAUUCAAGAAACUAAGUAGUUCAAUAAUCAACGAUGAGCUUAUCCACAAGGAAGAAUUCCAGCUUGCUCUCUUUAGAAACAGUAACAAACGGAACCUAUUUGCAGACAGGAUAUUUGAUUUGUUUGAUCUCAAGCGCAAUGGAGUUAUUGAGUUUGGAGAAUUUGUUCGAUCGUUAGGUGUUUUCCACCCAAAUGCUCCUCAGGCAGACAAAAUUUCUUUUGCAUUUAGAUUGUACGAUCUAAGGCACACUGGCUACAUUGAGCGUGAGGAGCUUAAGGAGAUGGUCUUAGCUCUUUUACAUGAAUCUGAUCUUACUAUUUCAGAUGAUUUUGUUGAAACAAUUGUUGAUAAGACAUUCAGCGAUGCUGAUUCAAAGGGUGAUGGGAGGAUUGAUCCAGAAGAGUGGAAGGACUUUGUUGCACGGAAUCCGGCUUUGUUAAAGAAUAUGACUCUGCCAUACUUAAAGGAUAUAACGCUAGCAUUUCCCAGCUUCAUAAUGAACUCUGAAGCAGAAGAUUCAGAAAGUCCGGCCUAAACACACGAGAUAAAUUCAAACACUUUGCAUCUCUAACUUGGCUCCUGUGAGCAUACAGUGGAUGGGAGUAAGAGAUGGUUUGGAGGAAACCUUAAGGUCAGCCCGCAAAGGAGAGUCAUCCAACUGUGUGUUUCACCACCACCACCACCUCCUAUGCAAUGCUAUCACCAGCUCUCUACGCGUCAGAUUCUACUAGAUGAUGUGGGAAUAAGUCAAAGGUCUUAAAUGGUUUGACUUGGUUUUGUGUUCUUGUUCAUAUCAGCAGUUCCAUUCUAGGAUCUCAGAGAAUGUUAGACAUUAGAAUGUUAGGGGUGAAGACAGGGUUUGAUCCCAUAGACUUCACAUAGGCAGUUUUGGAGGUUAAGCAAUGAGACAGUGUGGUAAAGAAUGAGAACAAAUUUUUAGGUUCUUCAA